AUGCCUGCAGUAUCAAGAAGGAAGAAGAGAUUCGCAAAUACUCAAACCUCGCAAUCGUUAGAUGUAAGCAUGUCACGAAGGGUUCAAAAGACUGAUGUCUCGCAACGGUCAAUGCGAUCGCAACGAUCCGAACUCUCUCAAAGGUCUCAAAAGUCAAUACUAGAGGAUGAUACCUAUAUGGAAACAAGGGAGGCUUCUAAGAGGUCAAACAAUCUCGCUUUGAUGAAGAAGUUUGUCGAAAUGAAUCCGCUAGGAAAAAAUAGAUAUAAGGAUGUCGGAUGUCUCGAUGCGACCAGAGUAAAGCUGGACUAUUACGGAGGAGAAGACUACAUCCAUGCCAACUACGUAGGCACACCUACCAGUUCGAGGCGGUUUAUUUGUACUCAGGGGGCAAAAAAGUGCUUUCAAUAUUUUCCCACAAGUGGAUCGCUGACAUUCGGUGAAAUCACGGUGACGUUUGCAGGCUCGACAAUGGUUUGUUUGAAAAGUUGCUUGUUUGCAGUCGCGAACGCGGUCUCAGUCCUAGUCUGUUGUUUCACUUCAUAG